AACGUUCAGUUCUAACUUGGAACACCAAUUUUGGCUCUCUCUCUCUCUCUCUCUCUCUCUGUUUCUUCUCUUUCACUCCCCUCUCUCAUUGCUUCAAAAAUUACACACUCUUGAGUUUUAGCCUCUGAUGAACAUGAAUAUGUGCCAAAGUGUAUCAGUUACCACUGAAUGCCACCAAGAGCAGGUUUUUGCCCCUUCUUGCUCAAGCAGCCUUGAUGACCUCUUCUCUGCUCAGAACACGGAAGUGGAUGUUGAGUUGGAGUGGCUUUCGGAGUUUGUGGAGGACUGCUUUUCGAGUCCCCCAAGUUUUGUGUUGGGAGGCGGUGGGGCUAAGAGUAAUACAAGCAUAAUAAGCAUAAGCACAGGCGGCAGCAGCAGCAGCAGCAAGGGUUGUUCUUCAGGCACAUUGAAGAGAGCCCAAGAGAAUGAGUGUCCUUUGCAGAAUUUUGCUGUGCCUGGGAAGGCGAGGAGCAAAAGGAAAAGGCUUUCGGCCCCUAGAACGAAGGACCCUUUGAGCAUAUGGUCACAGCAUUUGAACCCCCAAAACGAAGCCUUGAGUUCUGACCCUCCACUCCUGAAACAGGCUUAUUGGUUGGCUGACAGUGAACUGAUGAUGCCAAAGGCAAAGGAGGAGCAAGAAGUGAGGAAAGUGGUGAUUGGGGAGUGUGAGGUUGAAGGUAGCAGUGGUCAACAAGCAAUGGCAAGGAGAUGCAGCCAUUGCUUGGCUCAGAGGACCCCACAGUGGAGGGCAGGACCAUUAGGUCCAAAGACACUUUGCAAUGCAUGUGGAGUUAGGUACAAGUCUGGUAGGUUACUACCAGAGUAUAGGCCAGCCAAGAGUCCUACUUUUGUUAGCUACUUGCACUCCAAUUCCCACAAGAAAGUCAUGGAGAUGAGGAUGUCUGUUUACUCUUCCAUUUCUUCUGACCUUUAGUUCUUCUUAGCCUUUUAUUUUUAUGUAUAAAUCAAACUUCAAAUGUUAGGAACAAACUAUUUCCAAACAGAGAUACCAUUAUGGAGACUCCUUAAUUUUA